AUGGGAGAUACUAAUUUGUCAUAUGUAAAAGGUGUACGGACACGUUUUUAUAAUUUUCUGAAUAAAGAGAUUGAAAAUGGAGAGUACCUAAUGGUAUCUAGAUCAGAAUUCAUGGUAAGCGAGGAACAUACUGAAUUAGAACACAAAUUACAGGAAUGCAAGUUAAAGAUCAAUGCUUACAUGGAAAAGCUGGCUAUUCAGUCUGAAAAAAUUGCACUAGCCAUCGGAGAUAGUGAUAGUGAAUUCUUACAAACAGUGAUAGACAAUGAUUCAGUCUUGCAGGAUAAAGCAAUGAGUGUUGUGUAUAAAAUUGAAAGCGUUCAAAAAGACAUUACGAAACAAAAUGAAGAACCGAAACCAGAGGUAAAUAAAGAAGCUGAUACUGUAGUACAAAAAAUGUGUGAACUUCAAAUGAAGAUGCAACAAGAUUUUUUUGAAAAACAACAAAAGAGGAAUGAGGAGCAAAUGGAGAUACAACAACAGUUUUUCGAAAAACAACACAAUUUGAAGAUUAAAAGUGCAAACACGGUGAAAUUGCCAAAAUUGGAUAUGGUCUCUUUUAAUGGAAAUCGACUUCAAUGGACUGAAUUCUGGGAUUCUUUUGAAAGUGCCAUACACAAAAAUGAUAGACUUUCACCUGUAGAUAAGUUCAAUUAUUUAAAGGGAAAAUUAGUGGGUGAAGCCAGAAGUGCUAUUGCUGGUUUGACAUUAUCAAACGAGAAUUAUAGUGUAGCAAUUAAGAUUCUUCGCGAAAGAUUUGGCGACCAACAGGAUAUAAUUGAUUUACACUACAAAGGUAUCAUGAAUGUCAUACCACCAAAGAAUACUACAGAAGGAUUGAGAUUCUUUUUUGACAAGAUUGAACGUCAUUUAAGAAGUUUAGAAGUGAUGCAUGAAAAUUUAGAACAACACGUGUUCGUGUCUAUGAUUAGGAGCAAGCUUCCCAGUGAAGUUCUUCUUCAACUUGAACUACAGAAAGGUGCUGACAAUAAGUGGUCUAUUCAAAACUUGCGUGAUUUGCUCCGUCAGUACAUAGUUUCAAGAGAAAAAUCUGACAAACCAAAACCUCUAGGUGACUCAGUUCAAUAUGUAAAUAAAUCAAGACCUCCAAUAAGUAAACCUUUGAGUAAUUUCAGUGGUUAUAAAGGUCAGUCCACGACAAACUAUUCAGGAGGAGCAUUAGUUGUGAAUGAAAAACACGGUUCUUCGUUUCAGUCUGCUAGGACAUGUAGAUAUUGCAACCAGAAUCACUGGAGUGAUGAAUGUGUUAAAUACAAAACCAUUGAUGAGAGAAAAACAAAACUAAAGGGGUGUUGUUUUAGAUGUUUAAGAGAAGGGCACACAUCUUCUGACUGCAAAAGUAAUAGAAUAUGUGUUUACUGUGACAAAUCAAAUGUACAUCACCGAAGUCUUUGUCCAAAAAAGUUCAAAGGUCAAGCGAGGAGAGAAACAGUCAGUGUAUCAGGAGAAACGAUACAAGCCAAAAAUGAAGAUGAAAAACCUACUGAGGUAGCUAACUUAUCUGAAGAAAAUGUAAUGGUAUCUUCAGGAGAGAUGGUGUUGAUGCAAACCGCUAAAGCAGAGGUCGGGAGUCCUGAUCACAACAAAUGUGCUGAAGUGAGAAUUCUCUUAGAUUGCGGAUCACAAAGGACAUAUAUUACGGAGAAGUUAGCAGAGAAACUAAACUUAAAGAAAGAAAAGGAGGAAGAAAUAAAGUUGGUGACAUUUGGAAGCAAAGAUAUAAAAACAGUUCGCACACAAUCAACAACAAUACGUCUGAAAUUGAAAAGUGGGGAGUAUAUGAACAUAAGUGCAAACAUUGUUCCUGUCAUAAGUGGGACUAUUCAAAGGAGACAAAUAAAUGUGUUGAAAAAGGAUGAUGUAAAAACCAUAAUCAAUAGUGUAGAUCUAGCAGACACUAUUCCAAAGGACUGUGAGUAUUCUAGUGUUGAAUUACUAAUAGGCAAUGAUUUCUAUCUUGAUAUUAUAUUGUCUCAAAGAAUUGAAAUUCAACCUGGUUUGUACCUGCUUGGAUCUAAAUUAGGUUGGUUACUUACAGGAAGAACAGACGAAAAUUGUGAUGAAACAGGAAGCGAAAGAAAUAUGUUGAUUUUAACAUACGGAAACAGUGGAACUAAAACACAAGGUUUUCAAAGUAUUGAUAGUUCAAUUCCUACGAAACCGGAAUUCGAAGAUCUUUGGAACACUGAGGCAAUAGGUGUUGUGGAUAACAAUGUUACAUCUGAGGAUAAAGAGAUCAUGAAAGAAUUCAAGCAAACUUUACAAUUUGAAAACGGAAGAUAUUACGUCACAUGGCCUUGGAAGGAAGGGAAAGAAGUGUUGCCAGUGAAUAAAGAACUGUCUUUUGGGCGAUUAAAAUCGUGUGUUAAAAGGUUAAGAAAUAAACCAGAACUGUUGGAAAAGUAUGAUUCUGUUAUUCAGGAGCAACUAAGGAAAGGAAUUAUAGAGGAAGUGAAUGAUACUAAAGGAGAUAGGAUACACUAUAUACCACAUCAUGCAGUGAUAAAUCCUCAAAAGUCAACAAAAGUACGCAUAGUUUAUGAUGCUUCUUCUAAAUGUAAACCAGAAUACAACAGUUUAAAUGAAUGCUUGUAUCGAGGACCAGUACUGCUCCAUGAUUUAUGUGGACUUUUGAUGAGAUUUCGCCUACAUAAUAUAGCUAUCAUAGCGGACAUCGAAAAGGCAUUCCUUCAAAUAGGCUUACAAGAAAGUGAACGGGAUGUCACUAGAUUCCUUUGGUUAAAAUCAUGCAAAAAUCCGUCAACUGAUAGAGAAAAUAUACAAGAAUUUAGAUUCUGUCGCAUACCAUUCGGCGUGAUAUCGAGUCCAUUUUUACUUGGUGCGACGGUUGAAAGUCAUUUAGAAAAUUAUGAAACAGAGAUAGCUUAUCAAAUUAAAAAUGACAUCUAUGUUGACAACGUUGUGACAGGGGCAAAAUCAGAAACAGGUGCUAUUGAACUAUAUUUGAAAGCUAAGGACAUAUUCAAUGAUGCUUCCAUGAAUUUAAGGGAAUGGCUAUCAAACAGUGACAUAGUGAAUAAUUCAAUAGCAAUGCAAGAUCGAGCUGAAAUGAAAGAUACAAGUGUUCUUGGUCAUACUUGGAAUUAUGAAAUUGAUACACUAUCAAUUAAACGUCCUAACAUCCAAAGUGAGAACAGUAACUUGACAAAGAGAUUUAUUCUCAAGGUGAUAGCGUCAGUAUUUGAUCCGUUGGGAAUGUAUGCUCCUACAUUGCUGAAAGGAAAAUUACUGUUACAAGAUCUUUGGAAGAAAAGUCUUUCAUGGGAUGAUAAAAGUAGUAAUAUGGUUAAAGUUGAUCUUGUGUUUGCCAAAUCACGGUUAGCACCUGUUAAAACAAUGUCAGUUCCACGGCUAGAAUUAAUGGGUGUCUUAAUUGGUGUGAGGUGUUUGCGAUUUGUACAGGAGCAAUUGAAACUUGAGAUAAAUGGCUCACAUAUUUGGACAGACUCACAAUGUGUGAUAGGAUGGUUGCAAACAAAUAGAACUCUACCUAUGUUCGUGAAUAAUAGAAUCAAGGAGAUCAAGACUUAUGAUGCAACAAGGAUAAGUUAUAUACAUUCUAAGGAAAAUCCAGCGGACGUUGCAACGAGAGGAGCAACAAUAAACGACUUAUACAACAACAAACUUUGGUGGAAUGGUCCAACGUGGCUAACAGAAAGCUUCGAAAUGCCUAAAGAAGAGAAAACAGAUGUUGAAGAUAUAGAUACAGACAUAGAAAAUAGUGAAGAAAAGAAACGUAUGUCAGAAAAAAUAGAAACUGUUUUUCAUGACGAAGAAAGAUUGUUAGUUUCAAAUAUAGUACAUAACGAACUCGCCCAUGGCUGUAUCUGCGCUCCGUUUGGAAUAGAAUGUACAAAGUUCUCUUCUGUUGACAAAUUGCUCCGAGUUACUGCUUUUGCCUUACGAUUCAUAAACAAAAUCAGGAAACAACAGUGCGAAAGUGAUUUAUUGACAUCUAAAGAACUGGAAACUUCAGAGAAAAUGUGGAUCAUGUAUUUACAGAAGAAACAUUUCAGUGAAACUAUCACUGGAAUAUAUAAUAUGAAAAGGACAACACUGCAAAAACAGCUAGGACUUUUCAUCGAUGAAGACGGAAUUUGUAGGAGUAAAGGAAGAUUAGAAAAUUCUGGAUUGACAGAAGGUGCAAGACAACCAAUUUUACUCCCAAAAAGUGACUGGUUUACAGUCCUGCUUGUUGAAAAGAUUCAUAAACAAAAUUUUCACAUUGGUGUUUCCCAGACACUUUCUCAAAUACGAUUCAGAUUCUGGAUUCCACAAGGACGUUCCGUGGUGAAAUCUGUGUUACGGAAAUGUAGAACUUGUCGAUAUUUUGAAGGUGGACCUUACAAAAUGCCACCAUUCUCACCGUUGCCGUCUUCAAGAGUACAAGAAUCAACUCCCUUUUCAAGAAUUGGACUAGAUUAUUUCGGACCUCUCCUAAUUAAGACAACGGAUGGACCACGAAAAACAUGGGUAUGUCUUUUCACGUGUUUGGUUACUCGAGCUAUCCAUAUGGAGCUUUUACAAGACAUGUCUGCAGAAGAAUUCCUAUUUGGAUUCAAACGCUUUGUAUCACAAAGAGGUACACCAACAGAAAUCCUUAGUGAUAAUGCAUCUCAAUUUAAAUCAGCAAGUGAAACUAUAAACAUCAUUUGGAGAAAUGUUUGUGCAAGUGAUGAAGUGCAAUCUUAUGUUGCAAAUUGUAGAAUAAAAUGGAAAUUCACCGUUGAAUUAGCUCCAUGGAUGGGAGGAGCAUAUGAAAGAUUGGUUGGAAUUGUAAAAAGAUCUCUUCGUAAAUCUUUAGGUCAUAAAAUCCUUACUUUGAUCCAAAUGCAAACAUUAUUGAAAGAAGUUGAGGCAACAGUGAAUUCAAGACCGUUGGUGUAUGUCAACGAUGACAUUAACUCAAAUAUUACACUGACACCAAAUCAUUUUCUGAGUUUGAACCCGAAAACUGGCAUUCCAACAACAACUACAGAAGACAUGGAUUCUGACUAUUCACCGUAUGAAAGUACAAGUGUAAAACUUUUGUCAAUUUGGAGAAAAGGUCAACAUGUUUUAAACGAAUUCUGGAAGAUAUGGAGAGAAGAGUACUUAACAAACCUUCGUGAGCGAAUGCAGUCAGAACUGAAAUCCAAGAAAACACAAUCACCUUACUGCGCUCAGGUUGGAGAUGUGGUUCUAAUUAAAGAAAACUUGCCACGUGGAGUUUGGAGAAUGGGACGAAUUUGUGAGUUACUUCAAAGUCGGGAUGGGCAGAUUAGAUCUGCAAAAGUAAAAACAGCGACUGGGAAAGUUCUUGGCAGACCUCUUAAUUUGCUAUACCCAGUUGAGUGUGUCAGCCAGAGAUAUUCCGAGAUGAAGAAACUGGCAGAUGAUCAAAAAGGAGCCGCACCUAUGCGCUCCUUUGUGGAACCAAGUAAUCGUUUUGCUCGCAAAGCUUCAGAUGAUGCCAAAAGAAAGAUCAAGGAAUUGUUUAAUAAUGAUUAA